AUGGGAAUACUUCUUGAAGCGGGCGCGGACGUGGAUGCGCUUGCUCCUUGCGAUCCUUGGGAUUUUGAUCAUCGAUCACCAGUUUACUCGUCUGCUUUCACGUCUGAUUUUUCGCCACCCGGACUUCACACGACGAUUAUCGAAAGUGUUUUUUACAGACACCCUCACUUUUUCAACCAAAUCUUGCGAUACAGUAAAGUACGGCAAGGACAAUUGUCCCAAGCAAGGUUAUUACAAGUGGCCGUCGAGGGCUGUGGAGCACUUAGAGCGUAUCUGCAAACGCUGACUGCUGAUACAUCGGAGGUAAAUUGGCAUCUGGAGUCAUGUUUGGCUAAGGCCUUUUCACUCAAAGCAAAAUCAGACUCAAUUUUCAUAGGGAGGAGAAUCCAACUUAUUCAUAACCUUCUCCUCUCCGGUGUGGAUCCAAGAUUACCAUCAAUCUGCGGAGUUCUAAGUAUUCAAUCCAUGUUGAAUAUUCUGAUUCUGUGGGGUCGAGAGUCGAUUGUAGAACAAAAUGAGCCCCUGCCUCAGUGCUUCAUUGAGGUUACGGGGCAACUGCUCAGGCACGGUGCCCUUUGGGACGAGGUUGACUGGGAGAAUACUAUUCCUCGAGAUAGUCUUGGUAUAUUGCCGAUGCUGACUAGCCUUGGCGCUGAUUUCAAAACUGUUGAUGGCAGCAGAGCCCUUUGCGGUGCCGCUGUUGUUGGAAAUCUCGAAGCCAUGCGAUGGCUAUUGAAUGCUGGCGCCGACUAUGGGGCAAGGCUUCCAGUGGACAUCUGCGGUAACUCGCUUGUUCGACUCCUGCACCGUGCACUAUGCACCUAUCUGUACUGGGAAGGCAAAUACCCAAGGGUUAGUCGAGAUUCAAGCGACAAUCCUUACUUGGGAAUGAUCGAAGUCAUUUUAUCCUUGGGGCCAGAUUUGAGAUACCCACAGGCUGGUGAUCCGGAUCUUCUAGAGGCUUGUUUCCUACAUUAUGACGAGUUGGGGGAUGAAACUGAAUGCUGCCUUGCCGCGUUCGAACUACUAUUGGACCAUGGUGCUCCGGUAUCGUCACCGGCCCUGGCUGCGCUUGUAGGGCUCGGAGGCGAGUCAGAUCUGGUUAGCCAGCUGAUCCACAAGAGCUCAGACGUUCAUGGCUAUGCGAUUGAACGAGAUGAGUUAUUAAUCGACCGUAGUGGUGGGAUUGGGGAUAAGGACCAGGCCUUCUCGCCAGUCCAGGCCGCGGUCUAUCGGCAAAAUCGAGAGCAAAUAAUUCUGCUGCUGGAAAAGGGAGCGGACAUCAAUCAGCCAGCUUUCAAUGACCGUGGGGUAACAGCUCUCCAAGCUGCUUGUCAGAUUAAAGAAAACCCUGGGGGCCGUCUCAGCAUGGUCAAGUUUCUCCUUGAGCUUGGAGCUGACGCCGACGGUCCACCCGCGCAGAAGAAUGGGCUCUCUGCAUUGCAGAUUGCCGCCGCCAAUGGUGACCUAGAAAUCGCAUUGAUGCUGCUUGAUAGGGGGGCUGAUCCCAACAAACUGGACACGGCUCAACGGAGGGCUGGAAGAACAGCUCUAGACUUUGCGGCAGACUAUGGUCGGUUGGACAUGCUCCAGCUUCUCUUGACGGUUGGAGGACGGAGCGGCUCUCCAGGACGGACCGGAGUCGAUGGAGCGAUAGAGCUUGCGCGAGAGGAUCGAUGCUACGCAAUCGUGAAAUAUCUCGAAGACCACGCUAAGUCUAAAUCCGGCUCAUCUCCAGAUUGGAUACAUAACAGAUUUUCCCAGCUGGACGGUCAAUUUGGGUACAACGAUAUUACUCAGACGUUCUGA